GGAGCUCUGGCCACCGCCCGCUCGCAGCUGCCAGCUCGCUGGGGCCGGGGAGCCCGUGAGCGCGCAGGCCAGGCCGCAGCCAAGCGUCUGUGCAGCUCGGGCCACCGUCCGUCACCAUGGGGGCGUCGGGGCGGCUGCUGCGCGCCGUGAUCAUGGGGGCCCCGGGCUCCGGCAAGGGCACCGUGUCGUCACGCAUCACCAAACACUUCGAGCUGAAGCACCUCUCCAGUGGGGACCUCCUCCGCCAGAACAUGCUGCAGGGCACAGAAAUUGGUGUGCUGGCCAAGACUUUCAUUGACCAAGGGAAGCUCAUCCCAGAUGAUGUCAUGACGCGACUGGCCCUUCACGAGCUGAAAAACCUCACCCAGUGUAGCUGGCUGUUGGAUGGUUUUCCAAGGACACUUCCACAGGCAGAAGCCCUGGAUAAAGUUUACCAGAUAGACACAGUGAUAAACCUCAACGUUCCCUUUGAGGUCAUUAAACAACGCCUUACAGCUCGCUGGAUUCAUCCUGCCAGUGGCCGGGUGUACAACAUUGAGUUCAAUCCUCCCAAAACCGUGGGCAUCGAUGACCUGACAGGAGAACCAUUGAUUCAGCGUGAGGACGACAAACCAGAGACGGUCAUCAAGAGACUAAAGGCGUAUGAAGCCCAGACAGAGCCGGUUCUGCAGUAUUACCAGAAAAAAGGAGUGUUGGAAACAUUCUCUGGAACUGAAACCAACAAGAUCUGGCCCCAUGUAUAUUCUUUCCUACAGACAAAAGUUCCAGAAACUACCCAGAAAGCCUCUGUUACUCCCUGAGGAGGGCAGUAAUUAGGAGGAUGAAGCAGGGUCUCCUUGCCUCUGUUUUUUUGAAGCUCUUUUCCUAAGACUUUUCUGAAAAUUAUGACUUAUUCCUAAUGGCUUUCUUUUGGAUGUUACUAAGGAUGUGCCAAAUGAGUCAGACACUAAGUAAGGCUGAUUUGUUAAAAUAACCUUGAAUGUUUAAUCUAGUUGUAUUCUGUGGAUUUGCAAUUAGAGAACUUCAGAGAUGUUGAAACUUUAAAAAAAAUUAUAGCCGAAUUAAAAGAGCAACUGGUAAUUGUCUACCCUCCUGUUCAGUUAGCGGUUAAUCAUAUUUUCAUGUUUUUCUGGAAAAGUUGAGGCAGAUAAAUAUCUCAUUGAGGCUUUUGCAUAAGCCAAUGCCCCAUCACAACCCAAAAAAUGUUUUCUAGCUCCUUGGGAUGUGGUAUUUGAGAAUACUGUCUACAGAUGCCAGAAAGAAAGCAACUGCCUUUAUUUUUAAGAUGCUGCCAGAUACAAACUCACUGUGGCCUUUACAGGAGAAGCAAGGGCACAGGCCACCAUGCUGUGUCCUCCAUUUACUAGUUUUCAACCUGCUAUGAAAAUGCAGCAAUUGGCACUUAAGAACACGUGACUGAUAUGACUUGUUUUCUUUUGCAAACAUGCAUGUACUGAGGGAUACGACUUAUGUUAACUGAGCUCUCAGAGGAGCACUGGCAAAGGACAGUGGAUAGUCCCUAGGUCCUCACAUGUCACUCAGGCUGAGGACUGUGCCUCAGCCUCUCAGUGCUGGCAUCACUGUGUGCUGCCAGUUGCCACCCUGCUCCAAAGGGAAACAACUCUUCUUGUGCCAUCUAAGCAGGCUUCUCGUCCACCUACAGCACCGUGGAUCCAACCCAGCCUUGUGUGCUGGGCAAGCAUCCUACCACUGUGGUAAUCUCCAGCCUUUGGUCUUUUUCUUUUGUGGUUUUUUGUUGUUGUUUUUCUGAGACAGGAUCUCAUUACGUAGUCCUGGCUGUCCAGAACUAUGUUAGCAAGGCUUGCUUCUAACUCAGAGAUCUACCUGCCUCUGCCUCCCAAGUGCUGGGAUUAAAGGUGUGGACCACCACAGCUAGCCCCAACCCCAGCCUGUGUAGCCCAGGCUAGCUUGAAAUGAUGUAGUCCAAGGUGGCCUAAUGUUCAUGACCCUCUUGUUUAAACCUCCAAGUGCUUAAAUUACAGGUGUAUACCACUAAGCCAGGCCUGAGAAACCAGUCUAAACUUUGGUCACUUUGGAUUCCUUAGUGGGGCAAGGACAUGUCCUUAUAUACUGUGGCCGGAAGUGAGAAAAUAGGAGACGUGAAGAAAAAACAACUCUACCUUCAAGGAAGAUGUACUCUUUAUUUUACUUGGUGCUAAAUCAAAAUAAUCAAGGCCUUGUACAAGCCUUUGAAAUUUUGGCCUGUUUUAUUUCAGACACUUAAGUACAAAUGCCAGCAGGUGGUUCUUACAUAUCUAGGAGUGGGAAAUGUUUGAUUUUUAAAUUUCACUGUUGAUCUUUCAAGAUGGACUAGGCCUUUAAACAGGAUUACAAUGAGCAUCUUGUCCUUUGUCAAUGUUUCUAUCUGAAUGCUGGUAACUGCUUUCUAACAAUGUUGUGAACUACCUAAACUUAGGACUGGUCAGCAGGUUGUGUUACUUGGGGCGAUAUCAGCCCUGUGGUUGUCAUCUGUUGCCUCUGGCCCUUCACAGGACCCCCCCAAUCCCCUUCAUGUCUGUUGUGGCUUCUCACUGGCUUCUUUCUAAUAAAUUGUCUUCCAGUAGCACCUUCCUAAUAAACAGGUUUUCAAACAA